AUGUUGUACACAAUCUUGCGCUUCAUCCUCCUCGUCUGGUUACUUUGUAUGACCUUGCUGGUCAUCAGAACGAUAUAUCAAGCCACCUUCCCAGCCUCACCUUACAACAGAGGCGAAGUCGUCGACUAUGGAGCCGAGUUCUUGCAAGAAAUAUUCGCAGAGUUGCGAUCCUACUGUCCACGCUUCGAUUACUUUGUGACGACGGUCAAUCUGGUGCUGUCGCAAGUGUUGUUGACGGUCACCAUGAGGUAUAAGGUCAAGAUAGCAAUGUAUGCUGGUGCCUCUAUCGCUUUUGCUGUCAUUGCUUCUGCUAUUGUUGCUGGGAGACUGCUGUUCUGGAAUGAGCCUGGAAAUGCUUUUCACGUCAGGUCUCGCAAGCAAGACAUCAGACCUGCCGCUGAGGAACAUGCACGUGCACCCGAGCCUGAUCAUACACGUCCACCACCUAGGGGUCAAGGUCCCGGACGUGGACGUUCUGCCCCUCCCAGAUCUGCAGAGAGAGACGAGGAACUCCGCCGCUCUGCUCGCAAAAUGGAAAGAGACAUGCAAGAUCUGUACGGUGACGCUGACACGCCUAGAUGA